AUGGCGCAGAACAAUAUUGAGAUGCUAUUGUUUCAUCUUCCUGAAGUGUUUGAUCUUGGUAAAGUGUUUGAUCUUGGUAAAGUGUUUGAUCUUGGUAAAGUGUUUGAUCUUCCUGAAGUGUUUGAUCUUGGUAAAGUGUUUGAUCUUGGUAAAGUGUUUGAUCUUGGUAAAGUGUUUGAUCUUCCUGAAGUGUUUGAUCUUGGUAAAGUGUUUGAUCUUGGUAAAGUGUUUGAUCUUGGUAAAGUGUUUGAUCUUCCUGAAGUGUUUGAUCUUGGUAAAGUGUUUGAUCUUGGUAAAGUGUUUGAUCUUGGUAAAGUGUUUGAUCUUGGUAAAGUGGUUCAUCGUGGUAAAGUGUUUCAUGGUCCAACGGCGCCUGUGUUACUCAUGUCAUUAAUGAGAUUAAAAGAGAAAGAACACAAGGCCUCAACAUUGUUGCUUUGGGCAUGA